AUGAAUAAUUGGCAACUGUCUUUCCAAUCUCCGGUGGAUUUCACGGACCACUUGAGAAAGUCAUAUUUGAUGUAUGACAAUAGAGAGAAAAGCAUCAAUAAACUGAUUUUUGAUGAUCAUGCAAAUCUUUUAUGGGCUGGUGAUACAUACGGCCGAGUCUCUUCCUAUGAUCCGACAUACUCGUUAUACACCAGGCACACCGCUCACAUCGGGGCAAUGCCAGUGGUAGAUAUGCUCAGUCAUCGAAGUGGAUUGCUAUCACUCAGUGCAGAUUCUCUGAAUUUUGCUAAUAGACAUGGUGUGACUCAAUUGAAUCUAACAAGCGCGGAUAUAGCUCAACUUUGUGACAUGAGAGCGAUGUGCUUCUCGUCCAAUCUACAAAAUCAUGUUUAUUGUGCGGGUGCUAAUUUAGGCAGCGGAAUAAUUGACAUAGAUCUGCAGAAAGGAUGCCUAUCGUCUAAUACUGAUUACGCGUCAAAGGCCAAGCUUAUGAGAUCGGACAACAAAAUUGUAGCUAUCGGUAAGCAAACGGGCUCAAUUGAUCUAUUCGACUCUAGCACAAACAAGUUAAUAAGAACAGUUGCUGGUCACUCUGCAACAAUAUCAGCGAUGGAUCUCCGUGAUUGCACGUUAGUAUCUGCUGGUAAAUCAAGGCGUUUCAAUACCUUAUGCUCCGAUCCUUUUGUUAAUGUGUUUGAUUUAAGAAUGAUGAGCCAGUUGACUCCCGUAGCAUUUUCACACGAUGGUAACUUCGGCAAUCCCAAUAGCGGCGGAGCAGAUUUUGUACAUCUUCAUCCUGUCCUACCGACCGUCAUGGCCGUAGCAUCCAGUUCGGGAACAUUUGAUUUCAUCGAUUUGGCGAAUCCGACACUGAGGUCUCAAUAUUGUCAUCCGUGCCAAUCAAUUUCUCAGUUCGAACUUUCACCCAGCGGUGAUUACAUUGCUUUUAUUGAGCACGAUAAUAACAUCAAUAUGUGGAGCCGUUCAAAUGGCAUGACCGGCUUUUCAAGCUCCUCCGUACCCCUCGAUUAUCCAGAUUUUGUAGACAAUGAUAUGCUGGCCAAGAAAAUCUCCAUUGAUGAUGAUUCAUAUCCUUUGAGCUCUGUUGGCAUGCCUUACUAUAACGAGAAAUUGUUAUCAGCUUGGUCCCAGGUUGUUUUUAGAAGUAGUGGAACCAUCCCAAGAAAAAUUGACGCAUCUUUUACGUCGGCUACUUGUGCCAUAUCAAACCGAGCAUCAUCAUCUUUUCCAUUGCUUCCUUAUAAUAAGUUGAAAUAUGGUCGGAGGAACGUUACUCGGCCAUAUCGCUCAAUAAGAGAAAGAAAGAAGAAAUUACUCACUACAGAUGAGGAUGGCAGUGACAAAGAAGAGCUUAGGAGAUAUCGACCAUCGAAUGGAUUUGAGGUUCCUCCGGCCUACACCAAAAUGCAAAUGGUUUAUGGUAAGUAUGGAGUUGAAGAUUUUGAUUUCAAAGCCUUCAACAACACCGAACACUCUGGACUAGAAUCCGACACAGAUCUCGCAUAUACCAACGCAAUUUUGCAGAUGUACAGGUUUGUGCCAGAAGUGUAUAAUUUCGUGGUGAGCUGCCUAAAAGAUGAAGACUUUGCGGAGGACUCCUUAUUAACAGAAUUAGGAUACUUGUAUGAUAUGAUGGUGAAGGCUAAAGGGAUAGUGUGCCGCUCUAUAAAUUUCCAGGAGGCUGUCGCUUCCAAUUUUGCAGCGAAAUCGAUAGGUUUAGUAACUGAUUCUAUUUGUGAUGAUGCAGUGGAAGCUGUCGAGACUCUUGCAAUCAGAGACGAAGACGCAGGAAUCGUCGGAAACUCAUAUGAAGUAGUGGCCGGAUCAACACUUCCUCAAAAAUUCAAUGAAUUUUUACUCUCCAAAAUUAUAUCGGAAGAAGUACAGAGGAAAAUCAAUACCACUCAAAGCAUAGCCUUGGAAGAACUCUUAGGGAUUCAUUUAGAUGCAGAUAUUAGGUCUCUUUCGUCAUGCGGUAGUUACAGAAGGCAAUCUACUAUGGUUUCGACUCUGUCAAUCACCAGUCCUGCAACGAACAAUGGGAAAUAUACCAAUAAAAAGCUUAUUAACCACACUAUUUUACCAUAUCUCGAAUCUUCGAUGAAUCGGGUCAAGCAAAGAAGGGUGAUGUGCGAAAAAUGUCAUAAAUAUGAAAUUGUCGAAUGCGAAAGGACUGUCCGGAAUCUCCCCCCUCUCCUCUCGUUAAGCCUCAACUUAACUAACGAUGAAUGGACGGUUGCCAAGACUGUGCGUAAUUGGUUGGUGAAAGACUUUUAUGCCACAAUUUCGAAGGAUAGGCCGAUUCUAAAGCUGCAGCCAACAGAUCUAAAGACAACAAAUGCCAUUUUCAAGUACGAUCUCAAUGCCUAUGUGGCCAGAGUGACGGAUGAUCUUUCAGAAUCGCAUCUUGUCACUUACGCAAAAAUUUUUGACGAAACAUCAAACUCAUAUCGAUGGUACAUGUUCAAUGAUUUUUUAGUCCUAGAAGUUGAUGAAGAAGAGGCUUUGAACAUUUCUUAUUGGUGGAAGACCCCAGAAAUUUUGAUAUAUUCUGACGCCGAAGAGUUGCGGAAGCCCUUUGUUCCUGUAUCAACUUUCAAAAUUAGUGACAAUAUUUUGUAUCGUGAUCAUUUUGCAAACGGUAUUAGAGAGAAUGUUAAACACGAGUACAAACUACUUACGAGUACAGAAGCACCCACACCAGGUACUUUAGUGGCAAUAGAUGCCGAGUUUGUAAUACUAAUGGAUGAAAAGGUGGAGAUUACAUGUAAAGGACAACGAACAUUAAUCAAACCUAAAAAAACCGCAUUAGCAAGAAUAUCUGUGCUGAGAGGGGAAGAUGGAGAAAAUUUUGGGGUUCCAUUUAUUGAUGAUUAUGUGGUGAAUACAAAGCACAUUGAGAACUAUGUGACAAGAUAUAGUGGUAUAGAACCCGGUGACUUAGAUCCAAAGAAGAGCGUAAAAAACCUGGUUAUGAGGCAGGUGGUUUACCGUAAAAUUUGGUUACUAUUGCAACUAGGUUGCGUGUUUGUGGGUCAUGGCUUAUACAACGAUUUCAGAAACAUCAAUAUUUACGUUCCCAUGGAACAAAUUCGUGACACUGCACUUUAUUACUUACAAGGUAGAAGAUACCUAGCAUUAAGAUACCUGGCCUAUGCUUUGUUAGAAACUGACGUGCAAAAAGGGAAUCACGAUUCUAUUGAAGACGCAUACACAGCUCUCUUACUUUACAAAAAGUAUUUAGAGUUGAAAGCCAAGAAUACAUUUGACCAUGUACUAUCGCAAAUUUAUGAAGAAGGUAGAGCUUGUGGAUUCAAGGUGCCAGAAGAAAGACCUUCAAUCAUUCACUGA